GGCGCCCCAGCUUCAGCCAUGGGAUUCCCGAGAAUAUCUACCGGCCAGUAAGGAUUCACCCGCCGAGGCCGAGCUGAGUCGCCGGUCUGUUCCUCGCUUCCUUCCCUCCUCGGCUCUUUUCCUCUUUCUCCGCCGGCAGCUGGGGCUGUGGGCGAGCAUGAGCGGCAUGUCUCUUGAUCUCCUCUCGUGCAGGUUCUUGUUCUCUUCUUGCGCUGUAAAGAAGCCCUCGAGCAGGAGAAGGGUCACGUUUCUUGCUGCUGCUCCUUCGUCUCCGUCAACACCGUCGACCCCGCGGUCACCUGGCAUCUCUUCGUCCAGGCAAAGGCCUGUACGGGCUGUGCCAUUCAUUCCCAGCAAAGGUGCGUCUCGACCUGUCGGUAGCAAUGGCAGGACUAGGAGGAGGCGGCGGAGCAGGACGGUCGAGGGAGAGCAAGAACAAGGCGGGUGCGUGCCAUCGGUGGAGGAGGCGUCCAUAAGGGUGGGGACGCUGUAUGAGAACGGUGAUCCACUAGGGCGGAAGGAGCUCGGCCGGUGUGUGGUGGAGUGGCUAAGGCAGGGGAUGCAGUCCAUGGCAUCAAAGUUCGCUUCGUCCGAGCUGCAGGGUGACAUGAUGGACCUCGGGGCGGCGGCAUUGACUCUGGAUUGGGGGUCGGCAGAAAGCCAGCUUGGGUUUGUGAUCCAGGCACAGCCUUAUCUCUCAGCCAUCCCCAUGCCCAAGGGUCUGGAGGCACUCUGCUUCAAGGCCUGCACACACUACCCCACCCUGUUCGACCAUUUCCAGCGUGAGCUCCGUGAUGUCCUCCAGAGUUACCAGAACCAGGGGCUCGUCUCUGACUGGCGUUCCACGCAAGCAUGGAAGCUGUUGAAGGAAAUGGCCAAUUCUACGAAUCAUAAGGCGGCUGUGCGCAGAACCACGCCACGGACUAGAGCUGUGCACAGUAGCAUUGGCAUAAGCCUCAAGAAGGUGAGACUGAUGCAGGAUAGGAUUGAAGGCUUUGUGAGGCACAUGUCAGACCUGCUGCGAGUUGAGCGAGAUGUGGAGCUAGAGUUUACACAGGAGGAGCUGAAUGCUACCACUAUGCUCGAGAACAAUUCCGAGCCACCCAAGCCAGUUGAGUACUUGGUGACCCAUGGGCAGGCUCAGCAGGAGCAGUGUGACACCAUUUGCAACUUGAAUGUAGUCAGCAGCUCAACUGGGUUGGGAGGCCUACAUUUGGUUCUAUUCAGAAUUGAAGGUGAACACAAGCUGCCUCCAACCACACUGUCACCUGGGGACAUGGUUUGUGUAAGAACAUGUAAUAGCCGUGGUGAAGGAGCCACUUCUUGCAUGCAAGGUUUUCUUUAUAAUCUCGGGGAGGAUGGUUGCAGCAUAACUGUGGCUCUGGAAUCUCGGCAUGGUGAUCCAACCUUCUCCAGGUUAUUUGGGAGAAGUGUGCGCAUUGACCGGAUACAGGGAUUGGCUGAUGCACUUACUUACGAGAGGAAUCUUGAAGCAUUGAUGCUUCUUCAGACGAACGGUUUGCAGAAAAGUAAUGCUUCCAUUGCUGUUGUAGCUACUCUGUUUGGUGACAGCAAAGACGUGAUGAAGAUGGAACAGAAUUGCCUGAUUGAUUGGGACGAAUCGAGUCUUCAUGAUCGAAGACUAUCAGAGAGGUAUGCAUUUGAUGACUCCCAGUCAAGAGCUCUCUCAUUAGGCUUGAACAAGAAGAGGCCUGUUCUAGUUAUCCAGGGGCCUCCUGGCACAGGCAAGACAGUCCUGCUCACAGAACUUAUUGUACGUGCUGUCGGACAGGGUGAGAAUGUCCUUGUGACAGCUCCAAGCAAUGUGGCAGUCGAUAACAUGGUUGAAAAGUUGUCAAGUACUGGCUUAAACAUUGUGCGAGUUGGAAACCCUGCUCGGAUAUCACCAUCUGUUGCUUCGAAGUCCUUGGCAGAGAUUGUGAAUGGAAGGCUUGGUCAGUUUAGGAAGGAGCUUGAGAGAAAGAGAACUGACUUAAGAAAGGAUUUGAGGGACUGUAUAGUGGAUGAUUCUUUAGCAGCAGGCAUUCGUCAACUGCUGAAACAACUUGGGAGGGAUCUGGAAAUGAAAGAAAAAGAAACGAUCAUGGAAGUGCUAUCUGAUGCACAGGUUGUGCUUUCUACUAACACAGGGGCAGCAGAUCCGCUUAUCAGGAAAACUGGUUCCUUUGACUUGGUAAUAAUAGAUGAAGCAGGUCAGGGAAUUGAGCCUUCUUGCUGGAUUCCGAUACUGCAGGGGAAGCGUUGUAUUCUUGCUGGUGAUCAUUGCCAACUUGCACCUGCGAUUCUGUCAAGGAAGGCCCUCGAAGGCGGGCUUGGUAAAUCUAUGAUGGAAAGGGCUUCAUUGUUGCAUGAUGGAUUACUUACUACAAGACUGACAGUCCAGCAUAGAAUGCAUGAUUCAAUAGCUAGUUGGGCAUCUAAAGAGAUGUAUCAGGGGUUGCUCCAGUCGUCUCACUCUGUUGCUUCACAUCUACUUGCCGACUCUCCAGUUGUGAAGGAUACAUGGAUAACACGGUGUCCACUGCUUUUACUUGAUACCCGAAUGCCAUAUGGAAUUCUGAACAUGGAUUGUGUGGAGAAUUUUGACCCUGCUGGCACAGGCUCAUUUUAUAAUGAUGGAGAAGCAGAUAUAGUUACACAACAUGUUCUCAAUCUUGUUCAUUGUGGAGUAUGUUCAAGUGAAAUAGCUGUUCAGUCACCCUACAUUGCUCAAGUGCAGUUACUCAGGGAGAAGUUAGAAGAAUAUCCAGGGCUUUCUGGGGUUGAGGUUUCAACCAUAGAUAGCUUCCAGGGGAGGGAGGCUGAUGCAGUGGUCCUAUCAAUGGUUCGAUCAAACCCUCUAGGAGCUGUAGGGUUCAUGGGUGACAGCAGGCUCAUGAAUGUGGCUAUAACAAGGGCACGUCGGCAUGUCACUGUGGUAUGCGACACCUCGACCAUUUGCCACAGCACCUUCUUAGCCCGUCUCCUCCGUCAUAUCAGGCGGUAUGGACAAGUAAAACAUGUUGCACCUGGUUCCUUAGAUGGGGUUUCUGGCCUCGGGUUCAAUCAACCAUCCCUCCCUUCCAUCGGUUAGCACUCAUCACUAGUUACUCUCAUCAUGACAUCAUUCAUAUGCUCGUAUGAGUAUGUAUAUAUGCAAAGAGCCAACGGAUGUACAUAUGCACGAAGAACUCAAGGAUGAGAAAACAAAAUGCUCACGGAAAGACAUGGAGGAGCUUCGCCAACCGCCAGGUGUGUGGCUGACAUGAUGUGUGGCCAAUCAUCGGUCGUUGAACUUAACUGAAAGGCCAGCUGAUCCUGCAUUUCUGAACUGGCGCACAUGAUUAAUUCAGCAGCAGGAAGAGUUCCAUUGUCCUGGGUUUCUCUAACCUUAUGCUUGCCUGGUACGAUGCUCAUGCUCCUGUAAAUUCUAAUGCUGUUGACAUGGAUACCCAACACAAACAUGUAUAGCAAAUUGACAAUGCAGUAUUGAUUGGAAAAGAAAAAUAAUAAUUGCAUUAUUUGGAAAUUCAAUACUUUCAAUUAGUGACA